UUGAAGCCGGCGGUGCCGUACCGUCAUCGUUUUGUGUUGCAUUCAAUUAUUGUGAAAUAGUGUAGCUAGAGUAGAUAGUGUUCUGUUAUUUUUUAAAACAAAUUCUACCUGGUGCACCAUGGGACAGCACGUAUCCCGCACGGACUUCGAAUGGACGUACACCGAGGAACCGCACGCAAGCCGACGGAAAAUGAUCCUGGAAAAGUACCCCCAGAUCAAGAAGCUUUUCGGGCACGAUCCACAAUUCAAAUGGGUCGCCAGUGCCAUGGUCCUCACCCAGCUGGUGAUGCUGUUCGUCGUAAAGGAUCAAUCGUGGAAGAUGGUGUUCCUGCUGGCAUACUGUUUCGGUGGCGUGAUCAACCAUUCGCUGAUGCUGGCGUGCCAUGAAAUAGCUCACAAUCUAGCGUUUGGGCACGCGCGACCGAUGGCGAAUCGGUUGUUUGGCUUCUUUUGCAACCUUCCGAUCGGUUUGCCGAUGUCGGUGUCGUUCAAAAAGUACCAUCUAGAGCACCACCGCUAUCAGGGUGACGAGGUGAUCGACACGGAUCUGCCCACAUACCUAGAGGCGAAGUUGUUCUGCACGACGGUGGGCAAAUUUUUCUGGGUUUGUCUACAGCCCCUGUUCUACAUCUUCCGGCCACUGAUUGUGAAUCCGAAACCACCGCAGAAGCUUGAACUGGUCAACGGAGUCAUACAGCUCGCUUUCAACACGAUCGUAGUGCAGUAUUUCGGCUGGAAGGUGAUGAUUUAUCUCAUUGUCGGAUCGCUGCUUGCGAUGGGCCUGCAUCCCGUGGCGGGUCAUUUCAUCUCCGAACACUACAUGUUCGCGAAAGGCUUCGAAACGUACUCGUACUAUGGGCCGCUGAAUUGGAUCACCUUUAACGUGGGGUACCACAACGAACAUCAUGAUUUUCCUGCCGUGCCCGGCCGGUUACUGCCCGAGGUGAAGCGAAUUGCGCCCGAGUUCUACGACACCAUCCCGCAGCACACGUCCUGGACGCGGGUUCUGUUCGAUUUCAUCACCGAUCCGGCCGUUGGACCGUACGCUCGAAUCAAGCGUAAAGCCCGCGGGUUGGAAUCGUAAACCAGAUAUUACCCAUAAUACCCAGGUCUAGGCGAGUUUAUACAUCUUUUCGUUGAGAACGUGUGACGAUAUAGAAAAUUAAUUCUCUACAAAGAUCUACCUUCUGCCAUGGGCGGACAAGAACGCAAGGACAAAUUAACAACCAGUAGCCUAAAACGAAUGGACUUUUUUGCUUAUAAGCAUUGAUACAAUGUUGAUUAUGAUAAACGAGUAUUUACUGCGGAUUGUAUGUAAUUGAUGCACUUCCCCGCGCAACCUUGUACACACGGAUUGCUAUAAAAAUACAACAAAUCAAAUGUAAAUUGCACAUUUUGUGAGGUGUAAAAUAGUGGCAAACUGUAAGAGAAGUAUUAGGAGCGUCCCUAUUGUAAACUAUUCUACUAACGAUAGUUUCGUUAGCCUUACUAUAUUGCUUGGUUUAUAAUUAACCCUAAUUGAUGAUACAAUAGGACCCUA